AUGGAGGGGCUAGUCGAGUCAAAAUACAUUUAUGAUAAUUUGAGUAUUCCGAACACAGAGUAUAAAGGUGCCAAAAGGCUUUUUCGAAUCGAAGCGGUCACUGGAGAAGGUACCCUGGUUGAGGAUCGACCCGUGGUAUAUAAGGCGACCUUAUCCACAGUCGUUGAAAUAGCCAAUCCCUCCUCCCCGUCCUCAACACCCAUUAUACUCCCUGCGCCCAGGCUAAACCCCUUAAAAGAUCCUAUCUCGCAACCUGGCUCUGCAAUUGUGGCCCCCCCCUCAAAAACUAAUUUCUCAUCUAUCGGUGGCCUCGCUCCACAAAUCGCGGCACUUAAGACUCUCCUCCUUUCAACCCUCCACCAUUCCCACCUUUUCACGAAACACAACCUAACACCCCCACGCGGAAUCCUCCUCUACGGUCCCCCUGGCACUGGAAAGACUCUUCUCCUCAAGGCUAUUGCAUCUGAGAUUUCUGCCAAAUGCUACGUUUUAAACGGCAGUGUAAUAGGCAAGUACCUUGGGGAGAGCGAGGCUGCUAUUCGUAAAGUCUUUGCAGAAGCCAGGAAAAAUCAGCCGGCGGUGGUGUUCAUGGAUGAGGCGGAUAGUAUAGCGUGCAAGAGGGGUGAAGGUGAUGGGAACGAAGGGAGGAUCGUUUCUACAAUAUUGACAGAGAUAGACGGAAUGUCUUGUGGGGAUAGUGAUGGCGUAGAAGUAGUGAAGCUGGUGGUUGUAGCAACAACAAGCCGGCCAAACGUUAUCGACCAGGCACUCCGCCGACCAGGCAGAUUCGACAGAGAGAUUGAAAUUGGUAUUCCAGAUGCUGAUUCUCGUCGGGAAAUUCUUGAAAUCCUCACUCGAAAAAUAGACUUCUCCAACGAGCAGCCCAAGGAAGCCAUAAUCAAGGCCCUAGCUGCCAAAACUCAUGGUUUCGUUGGCGCAGAUUUAGAAGAACUUGUUCGCACGGCCUUCACCAGCGCACUAACGCGCCUGGAACGGGACGACCUCGAUCCGUCAGCUCUUACCCUAAGUGACACCCCACAAACUCACCCCCAAUUCCUCCUUCGUGAAGCAGAUCUAGACUCAGCACUAAAGGAUGUGCGCCCAACUGCCAUGCGCGAGAUCUUCCUCGAACCCCCCAAGGUCCGCUGGUCUGAUAUCGGCGGCCAAGAGGAAGUCAAGCAGCGCCUGCGAGAAGCCGUCGAAUGGCCGUUAGCCCACCCCGAGACAUUCUCCCGUCUAGGUGGCACUCCGAGAAAAGGUCUCCUACUCUACGGACCACCCGGUUGCUCAAAGACCCUCACUGCGAAAGCAUUAGCUACAGAGGCCGGGUUAAAUUUCAUAGCUGUUAAAGGCCCUGAGCUGUUCAAUAUGUAUCUUGGCGAAUCAGAACGUGCAGUUAGGGAGGUGUUCAGGAAGGCCCGCGCUGCAAGCCCGAGUAUUAUCUUCUUUGACGAGAUUGACGCGCUGAGCGCUAGCCGUGAUGGUGGGGGAGGGGGCGGUGGAGGUGGGGGGAAGACAAAUGUGCUAACGACAUUGCUCAAUGAAAUGGAUGGCAUUGAAGUUCUUAAGGGUGUGACCAUUCUUGCUGCCACUAACCGUCCGGAAAUUAUUGACCCAGCGCUCCUCCGCCCCGGCCGCCUCGACACAAUCCUCUAUGUCGGACCCCCAGACCUACCCGCCAGAGAACAGAUUCUCCAAAUAAAGACAGGUAAAAUGUCCAUAUCCACAGACGUCGACCUUGGCCAUCUCGCCGAAGCCACGGAAGGCUUCUCGGGCGCAGAAGUGGUCAACACGUGCGACGAGGCGAUCCACUACGCUAUGCGCGAGUCCUUCUUCAUAGAAGCGGUUUGUGCCAGGCAUUUCGAAGCAGCGCUGGAAAGGGCCGUCCCGCAGAUCACUACUGAGAUGCGUGAAGCUUAUGAAAGUUGGUCUGUGGGUGGGGUUAAGAAGAUAUAG